AUGGAAGGACCAGACGACUCUCUCAAGAGACCCCACAGUCUCAUCGACGAUGAUGAAGACGACAAGAAGGAUGCCUCCUCGUCCAAGACCAAUAACAGUAACAACCAUGGUCACAAGCAACAGCGUCACCGCAAGAACGACCGCCAUGGCAAAGGCAAGCCAACUGCCGAUUCGUCCUCGUCCCCAUCUUCGUCUAGUUCCGGCAAGAAGACUUACCACUGUGAUAAUCACGGUGAGAAUUACUCGCAUAAUACCAAGAAUUGCAGGCACUGCACCAAGUGCAACAAAAAUGGCCACACUGCCCCCUACUGUAAUAGUGAUCGCAAGAAGAACUUUGACAGCAAGGGCGGCAAGAGCUACAAGAACAAGACAGAAGCGAACAAUCAGUUAAAACUACUAUGGAGUCAGGUUAACAUGGACGACCACAGUGACAACGACAGUAGUAUUGGUAUGACGACGGAGGAACUCGACACCUUCGCAUCUGACAAGUUUACUAUCAGACACUAUGUUGCUAUUAAGGAUGCAGUAGAACACGACAACAGAUUUCGAAUUGAAAUCCGUGCAUUCAAAAGGACAUACCAUGCGCUGAUCGAUACUGGUGCUACACAUUCUUUUAUCAGACAGGAUAUAGUCAAGGACCAUAACAUUCCUUUCACUAAGAUCCCUGGUAAUUUUACACUAGCAAACAAGUCUACUGUUGAACGCAUUGGAGUAACUGAUCAAGUUGAAUUUGAGUUCAAUGGUCGGUUCCUCUCUGCCCCUUUUGAAAUUAUCGGAGAUCAAGAGUUUGCUCUUACAAUCGGAAUGGAUCUCUUUUAUCAUAUGGGUUUCGCUCUCUGUGGUCUCCCAGACAUAAAAGAGAUGUCACCCGCACAUGAUGUUCCCGUUGAAGACGAGAAACCAUCUUUGCGUCCGAUUACUACCCCUGAAGAGGAACUCACUGCUGAUUUUAAGCGCAUGAAAGGAAGAUUCCUGGAUGCCAUCAGCAAAGCACUCAAAGACAAUGAAAAUAUCUCAAAGACAAGCCACUGUCCCGUUCCUGAGAUGAUGGUGUAUCUACCUGUUCCGAAAGAGGAUAAUUUCCCUCUCCCUCUCAUCUCCGAGAUCAUGCAAAAAGUAGCUGGUCACUCCAUCUACAGCACCAUCGGCCUCACACAGGCGUACCAUCGUCUACCUAUCCACAAAGAGGACAGACACCUUACUGCUUUCAUGCACGAAGCAGAGAAGAACAUGAAGCUCAUGUUAAAUGUGUGA